AGGUUAGCUCACGAUGUUAUAAUUGUCGAAAGAAAGUCAACGGUGCGCUCUGUCACACCUGUAGACGAUUUGGUCUCAAAUGCGCCAUAUGUCACGUGGCUGUCAGAGGUGCCAGUAAUGUUUGCAUGGCUUGUGGUCAUGGCGGACAUACAUUUCACAUCAUGCAGUGGUUYGAGAACAUGUCCGUCUGUCCAACUGGGUGUGGCUGCACGUGCUUGAAGACUGUUCCAAUGACGUCAGAAUAAUUGCAAUUAUUUCAAACAAAAAUUAAMAAGAAUUGUACAUAUGAAUGAAUUUUAUUUUCAAAAUUGUAAUAUACUWAUGAAUAAAGCAAAUAUAGUGAAACAAAAUGGCAUUUAGUGUUAACUUCCAUCCUUUGGCGCAUCAUUUUUUUUGCCAGUAAAACAAACGUCAUAUAUUUAAUUGUAUAAUGAAGAAAAAUUGUACUAAGGUAGUGAGUGAUAAUUAUUCAAAGACUUUCAAACCAAAAGGAAGAAAGGAGAAAAAAGAAAAAGGAAGAAGAAAAGAACCGAAGAAAAAAAAUAGCGAACAUCCUGGGAUUCGAACCCCUGCCAAAGAAUUGAAAAAAUAUUGGGRCGAUUCCCCCUAGACAUUCUGUGAAGCUGAGGCGUCGAAUCGAUUUACAU